AUGCCACACAGUCCAGCUCGCAUACUCAAGCCGGAGCAGAACACCCACAACACGAGCCUGUCGUCCACCGAGCUCCCGGCACUCCUAACGACAAUCCUCCGNNCCCGUCUCGUCGCACGCUCGUUCUCGCUCCUCUUCGCCUGUAGAAUCAAAGAAGGCACCGCCACUCCCCUCGAAGCCUCCUUCUCCGCCUCGAAACGCUGCACCGACUCAGCCUCCGCCUUCGAACUCUACCGACUCGUCCAAUGCAGCAUCCAAGACUUCGUCGCGUCGACCCGGUAUCCUCACUCUAAGUUCUCGUCGCAGGCCCCUCCGUCUCCAAGCGUGCCCCAGACUACCAAGUCGCAGGCCAAUGGCACGAAUGCGGCGAAUCGCGAGGCAGAGGAACUACAACCGUACGUUCCGCAAAGGCCAAAGGAGUCCAACAGCUCCUUCUUCUCGAACCUUACCCGCCGUCUGUCUUCCGGCGCUCAAAAUGCUGGUACUCCCCGUCCUGGCGAGAAUGGUGGCAUGUGCCCACGACGUGUAUUGAACGUCAACCAGGGCCGCGAACGCUGCCUUUUACCAGAGCUCGAUUCUGCCAAACUACGACGUGUCGCCUUCUCGGUCGAUGUUGAAAUCGCCUCUGGGCCGCGAUACAGAGAUGACGAUACUGGGGACGCUCCGAAACAGAAGAAAGCGAAGGACAAAAAGUUCAAGGAACGUGGAGAAGGAGAGGCUCUGAAAAACCCGCAAGCAGUCACCGAACGCAAAGAGCAGUUUGACGCAGCUGCUGCUUCUACCGACGAUGAUAUUGCUGGUAGAACCGGAUCGCCCGAAGCAGGUCCCGAGAUCAGCGACAAAACUACGACCCCUGGAGACAACUCGAAAUCGACACCCGAAGAAGAUGCUGCACGCAAAGAUCGGAAGGAGAAGAAGAGACAGAAGGCCGAAAAUAGUGGUCAGCUUCCUCGUGAGCUGAAUGGUGACGUCUCUCCGCAGCAAGGUCCUUCCGCAAACCAAACCCCUACGGAGUCAGGUGCAGCAACUCCAAAAGACCGUCCAACCACCGAUCCUGUGAGGAUAUACAGAAGAUGUUGUCAGCUCAGGGAAUCGCCUAUUCUCAAACGUAUUACCGAACAGCUUAUGGCAGAGGACUGCACUUCGCCUGAGGAUCCUGGAACUGUAACUCAGCUCAAUCUUACCGGGUCCCGGCUUCAAUUGGCCGAUUUUGUGACUCUAAGCGAUUGGCUCGCAAUUGUUCCUGUAAAGCGAUUGUUGCUUGAGGAUGCAGACAUCAGUGACGAGGGCUUGCGUGUUGUUCUGUCUGGACUGCUCGCUUCCAAAAAGCCCCAGCCUACCAGGCGGCGAAAUGGUGCUCGUCAGAUUCCUGCCAAACCUACGGGUGGAAUCGUGGAGAAGCUUAUACUCAAGAACAACCCGAGAAUAUCGAAGAUCGGCUGGAAGCAUAUCUCUAUCUUCCUGUACAUGUGCCGGUCGAUCAAGGCUCUCGAUGUUUCGAUGCUAAACUUUCCCCAAGAACUACCGCCGACCGAGCCCAAUCUAAAUAUCAAGGCACCUAACCAGAUGCCCAAGACGACUGGCAAUUCAGUUGAUGCCGCAGAGACAUUGUGUAAGGCAUUGUCCGGAAGACUUGGCGGAUCUCGCCUUGAAGAAAUUACCAUGGCAGAAUGUGGACUCGCGCCUCAUCAGAUUCGCAAGAUCGUUGAUGGAGCCACAGUCUGCGGCAUCGCCAGACUUGGAUUCGCUGGUAACAAACUCGACGACGAAGGGUUCGAACACAUACUGCAUUACGUACGAUCGGGCGUCUGCCAAGCUCUCGACGUGGGUAGUAACGACCUUAGAGGCAAGCUUGAUUCAUUGAGAGAACUCCUACCCACCUUGACAACAUUACAGAACUUCCGCUUCAUCGACAUCAGCCAUAACAGGAACUUGUUCGUAGGUGAUGCUUGCGCGCUCCAGCUACUCAGGAAGUACUUGCCCAAGCUGGACAACUUGAAGAGAUUGCACCUUAUAGACGUCGGUCUGUCAGUGAAGCAGGCCAUAUCAUUGGCCGAGUUAUCUGCAUUGUCUCAAGCGACCGACGAGGACAGCCAGGAGGAAGCUUGCGCUUUGUAUGCUUCGCUUUGCGCUGCUGCACGAGUGUCAAAAUCACUUGUCUGCAUCGACGUUGAUGUUCCCGGCCCUGGUCAAAGCGAGGUAGUCAAGGCGUUGGCGAAGCAAAUCGUUGCAUACUGCCUACGUAAUAUGGACAGAACUAUGGCUCAAUCAUCUCUACUGCCUGCAGCUACCAUGCUUUCCAAGCAACAUGGAGUCGAGGACGCCAGACAGGCACCAGUUCCGGACGUGCUAGUACAUCUCGUGGGACAUCUGGACGGAGACCGACUAUCCGACGGCAGCGACGACGAAACAGCACCAGAUGAUGAUUACAUCGUCGGGGGUAAUGGUAUCAUUAAAGCUUUGGAAUACUUUCUCGGACAAGACCAGUUGGACAAGCGUAAUGGUAGCAUAUCGCUAUCAGGAACCACUACGCCCCGAGACAUUGGCAACCCAGCUCAAAGUGAAGUCAAGAGGAGAGGAAAGGCCAAGGAGGUCAGCAGGAAUCUGCUUGACAGUGCUCGCAAGCUCCGAAAUCGCUUGAAGCCAGCUUUGGCCAAGGAGUUUGCGGCUGGUGAUGAGAUGAACUACCGCCGUCUGCUCUUCCUUGAUCAGACCUUGAGUGGCAUGAUUGAAAGAUUCGAGGAUGAGUUCCCGGAAACUCGCCUCCAUCUGGACCUACCACCACACCAGCAAAGCUUCUCUCUGUCUUCCUCGCUGGAGUCGACGGAAUCUGGACCAUUAUCCAACGACUUCAUGGCCAGCUCUGCUACCACAUUCGGAACAGAAACAUCGGCUAUCGAGUCAGAUCAGGAUGAAGAACUGCAUGUCAGUGGCGGUGGCUCUAUGAGAAGGAAGGCUAGCGACGUUAGUCUGGCAUCGAGAGCACUUGCAAUUGAAGAAGGACGCAUCCAUCGUCUAGGACACAAGGUGCGACAGGACAUUAUCGAUGUGCCAAUUGGUGUACAGAUAUCUGAGCCAGAUGCGCACACGGAAUGGGCACCAGGAUCCCAUAUGGCUGAGAUCGCCUCCAAGCUGGGAGACAUCUCGGGUCCAGAACUCCGAGUGAUGCUAGACCAGAAAGGUGGAUGGGAAGGAGUGAUGGAGAAGAUGGGAGCCAAUCUGGAGGAGCUGCAGCAGUUGCAGAUGAAAGACCCUCAAGGAUGGGAACAGUUCAAGGAGAGUCAGCUCAAGGCGCGGGCCAACCGGGGCGCGCCAAUCUUCCUGUGA